AUGUCAAACCUCCACAACACAACACUCUACCGCAUUGUGACAACUGUCAACGACCCUGAUUUCCUUCCACAAGAGCCAAAGCCAUCUGAGUUUGACCUACAUCUCAUCAUGGAUACAGCUUCUGUUGAGAAGCCCAACUCAGGGACCAACGUUGACAUCCUCAAGGUUGCCAGACAGAUUCAGCACCUAGCACAUUUUUUGACCCGAGGGCCUCCGAUCCCAGGCCUCAGUGUAUCUGAUAAGGAUCUCAAAAUGGUGCGAAUCCUCAGCCCAGUCAUAGAAAUGACAUCUCACCGCCGUCGUUCAGAUUUGGAGUUUCCCCGAGAGUGGGUUGGAGAUGAUGGUGCCCUAGCCAUUGUGCUUCGUGGCUGGAGACGAGAUAUUGACCCUACCAAACUGAGCGAUACACCUGCUGUGGUAGAAACACCAGCACAAGCCACAGAUACUCCGACAGAUGCUGAAAACGCGGAGGCUGACACUGAGACUUAUGAGAAUAUGUCGUUCUUGUCAUAUUCUGCCAAAAGAGAAGCGUACUGGGUCGCGAAGACAAAUGAGCUCGAGCGGAAGCUGCGGAGAUCCGAGCAAGAGAAGGAGUCUUUCAUCCGAGAAAAUCUCAAGUUCAUCCACGAGUCCAACUUGAAGGCCAAGGUAAAGCUCCACGGGGAGGUUCGUCAACUUGAAAGAUCACUUGUCGCAGCCACCAGCAAGAAUGAGUCCCUGGCCAAGCAGAACGAGGACUUGGAGUCAUGUAACAAGACCCUCGUCACUGAGAACGAAGAACUUGUUAAGAAGACCGAAAAGCUGGAGUUGAGCAACUAUGAUCUUGUUACUGAGAAUGCGGAACUUGUUGCAGAGCUCAAGGACCUAGAUUCAGAUGACGCCGAGCUUCUCACUAUGGUCCAGGAAUACCUCAACAAACACGCACUUUCGCGAGAAGCUACCAAGACCCAAGAGGAGAACCUCAUUGCAGAGAAGCAGACUCUAGAGAGCAAGAAUGAGGCCCUCGUGAAGAAACUUGAAGCUCAGAAGAUCGACAACAAGUGCUGUGCCGCCCAGGCUGAGAAGCUCAGGGAGAGAUAUGAGCUAUCUGUGAUGGCGACAAAAGUUGUUAAGGAGCACCUUGAAGAACUAACUGCAAAGGUCAAUGACCUUGAUAGCAGUAAGUUUUUCCUGGCAGCUCAUAACAACGACCUGUCGAUGAGAAACGCAGCUCUUGGUCAUAAAAGCAAACAACUUGAGGAAAGCCUCGACAAGAUUGUCAUGGAUGCGAAAGGCGAGCUCCAGGCUCAGUGA